AUGUCUGUGUUUUUGCAGUCGCAGCCGAGGUUGUGUCAUGCAGCAGAGAACAGGAUAGAUGCGCUAUUGCUCACUGCUACCCCUCCUGCCUUCAAAAGAAUGAAGAGACGUAAGUGUCCCUGCAAAUGUCCCACAAGAAGGAAGAUUCUGAUCCUGUGUGUUAUGGGGUGGCUGAUUGUACUGCUGAAACUCCUCCAUGUUGAAAGACACUUUUUUCCACCUAAGGGCAUUUAUUUGGUUGAGCACUUCUUGAGCACUUCUUAUGUUACAAACAGGUAUUCCUAUCUUAGAAAUGACUUUCAGUAUGAAAUUAAUUGUUCAUCUAUAUACAAACAAGAUCCCCAUGAAAUUGGCAAGAAUUUAGAGAUAAGAAGAAAAGAGAUAAUUGAUUUAGAUGAUGAAGAUGUUGUAGCAAUGACAAGUGAUUGCCACGUGUAUCAUUCACUUAGGAAAUACUACCUAAAACCUGUUUCUCCAGAGGAAGAUAAUUUUCCAAUACCCUAUUCCUUGGUUGUUCACAAAGAUGCAGUAAUGGUAGAAAGGCUCAUACAUUCUCUGUACAGUCAUCAAAAUAUUUACUGCAUCCAUUAUAACCAAAAAGCAGCAAAAAGUUUCAAAUCUGCUAUGAACAAUCUAGCUAAAUGUUUCCCCAAUAUUUUCAUUGCGUUAAAAUUGGAGACAGUGGACUAUGCUCAUAUUUCAAGGCUGCAAGCAGAUUUCAAUUGUUUGUCUGAUUUGAUGAUGGACUCUUCAGUUCCCUGGAAGUAUGUUAUUAGUUUGUGUGGCCAAGAUUUCACUUUGAGGUCGAAUUUCCAGUUGGUCGCUGAACUGAAGAAACUUGGUGGAGGAAACAUGCUGGAAAGUGUAAAGCCAAGCAGUAGCAAAAGAGAACGAUUUACUUAUCACUAUGAACUUAUGAAAGCGCCUUAUGAAUACAUGCAGAUGCCUGUACAAACCAACAUUUCCAAGAAUCUGCCACCUCAUAAUAUUGAGGUAUUUGUAGGCAGUGCCUAUUUAAGUCGAGCAUUUAUUCAAUAUACUCUUGAAAGCUCUCUUGCAAAAGAUUUUUUUGAAUGGUCAAGGGAUACAUACUCUCCAGAUGAACAUUUCUGGGCCACUCUUGUAUGUGUUCCUGGGGUCCCUGGGGAAAAUUCAAGGUCGGCCCAGGAUAGAACAGACCUACAAAGCAAAACUCGUUUGGUGAAAUGGAAUUAUCUUGAAGACCAUUUGUAUCCUCUGUGCACUGGUACCCACCUUCACAGUGUCUGCAUCUAUGGGGCUGCAGAAUUAAGAUGGUUUAUGAAUUACGGACACUGGUUCACCAGUAAGUUUGACUCCAAAGUAGACCCUGUCCUGGUAAAAUGCUUGGCAGAAAAACUGGCAGAACAACAGAAAGAAUGUGAAACAAAGGCCUCUAUAUCUGCUACCUUAGGAAAACUGGAAGUGCCCAGCUCACGUACAAAACCAAGAGAACAGCAUGACACCAAAUGA